UGAUAGUAGGUUAAAUUUACUAAAAAAGCAGUGAAAUUUCCAAUCCAAAAGUGAUCCCUCACCUCAGCGUCACCGAUUCAAGGAGCGAUCGGUAAGGCUGGCUGGGGGUUUCAGCAGCUGGAAACUGGAAAACAACGUGCUCACAAAUAUUAUUAAAUCCUUUUAUUUUAUUAUAUGUUUUAGUUUGUGUUUAUUCCUCUGGAACCCAAUUGUCUCUUCUUCACAUUAUCAACUGAAAAAUUAAAUAAAUAAAGAAAUCGUUGAAGAUCGUUCCUUUUUUUGUUUGUUUGGAAGCGCUUUUGCAUUUGGUCCGUGCGUUUCCAAACUCACUGCAGGAUUGGCUUCACUUGGGGGGAUUCUAUUUGAUUAAUAACAAUCAUUAUUGUUGAUAGAUUUCUGGAAAAAAAUUAGAGCAAUGCUGUUUAGAGUCAAGCAUCUGUUUCUCUCUUUGUACUUCAUAUUUGUGUUACUUGAAUGCGCUACAGCAGAUGGUCAAAGUGAAAUUUCGAAAGGGAUAAGAUCUCCCCCCAAUAAUGUAGGCAAUAAUGUUAUAGAUGGCACUGGUACGGAGAAAGUCAUAAGUUUUAAGGAUGACAACAACUUAAUGAGUAACUGGAAGGGCAGUUACAGCAGAGUGUCUCUGUCCACAGUUGCCCUUUUGACAUUAGCAAUGGCUGCAGCAACUGGUUUAGGUGCAGUUCCAUUUUUCUUUGUGGAACUCGAUCCUCAGUGGGCUGGGAUAUGCAAUGGAAUGGCUGCUGGUGUCAUGUUGGCUGCAAGUUUUGAUCUCAUACAGGAAGGGCAAGAACAUAGUGCUGGAAGUUGGGUUGUUAUUGGGAUUUUAGCGGGUGGUGUUUUUAUUUUGCUUUGUAAGAAGUUUCUUGAACAAUAUGGGGAAGUAAGUAUGCUGGAUAUAAAAGGAGCAGAUGCAACUAAAGUUGUUCUUGUUAUUGGAAUCAUGACACUGCAUUCAUUUGGAGAGGGCUCUGGUGUUGGAGUUUCCUUUGCCGGCUCAAAAGGUUUUACUCAAGGCCUUUUGGUAACUUUGGCCAUAGCUGUACAUAACAUACCGGAGGGAUUGGCUGUGAGCACGGUUCUUGCAUCAAGGGGUGUUUCUCCACAGAAUGCAAUGCUAUGGAGCAUUAUUACAUCCUUGCCACAGCCAAUUGUUGCAGUUCCUUCUUUUAUGUGCGCCGAUACAUUUAAUAAAUUCCUGCCCUUUUGUACUGGUUUUGCUGCUGGAUGUAUGAUCUGGAUGGUUGUUGCUGAGGUUCUCCCUGAUGCAUUUAAGGAAGCUUCACCAACUCCAGUGGCAUCAGCUGCUACGCUUUCAGUAGCAUUCAUGGAAGCUCUAAGCACUCUUUUCCAGAAUUUCACUCAUGACUACAAUUCUGAGGAUGCUUCUGGCUUCUUUGUUUCAUUGCUUUUUGGCCUUGGACCUUUACUGGGUGGCCUUGUGCUUGUUUCAUUUGCUCUUGCUUUCCAUCUUCAGCAUGCCCUUCUCAUGGGUACUGCAUCUGGCAUUGCCUUCAUCCUUGGUGCCUGGCGACCGCUGCAACUACUAUUGUCUUCCAAAAUGGGAUUCUUACCACUUAUGUUGCUACUAACUGUAGGAGCUGCAUUUGUCCAUGUUUCAAGCUCUACUAUUUUGUUGCUUGUUGGUAACAAAAGAAGUUCUUCCAAUAACCUUCCGACAGUAACAAGAUUUCCGGUGAGUGUUCUCACUCUCCAGUCAUUUUUAGCGUGUGGAGCUGUGGCUUUUCAUGCUCUGGCUGAAGGGCUUGCACUAGGAGUGGCUGCGCCAAAAGCUUAUGGACUUGGCCGGCACAUGGUCCUUCCUGUAUCCCUUCACGGGCUUCCACGUGGUGCAGCUGUGGCCAGCUGCAUCUUUGGAACUACUGGCAGUUGGUAUGGCUCUCUUGCAGCAGCUGCUCUAAUCAGCGUCAUAGGCCCGAUAUCUGCAAUUGGAGCAAUAUUGGCAGGAAUUGACUACAGUGGUCUUGACCAUGUGAUGGUUUUGGCCUGUGGAGGAUUGAUCCCAUGCUUUGUUAGAAUAGUUCAAAGAGCAGUAAGGUUAGAUAUCCGAAAAAGCAGCUGCGGUCUUGCUGUUGGAGUCGGUUUUGCUACUCUUUGUUUAGCAUGCACCAAGUUGGUUUGCUUGCAUACACCUUAUUGCAAUUCUGCUCCGGAGGCUGUCAGAUAAGAUGAUUGUGCUUUGAGUAUGGCCUUUGCAUUAGUUUUUACGGGUCGGUUUAGCUCCACAGUCAUGAAGGGAAGGACUCAAUAGGAUUUAUAGUUCAACAUGAGAGGAUGGGGGUUUCAUUCUAUUGUAUGCUUUAGUUUUAAUCAUUCUAACAGACAAGGGGAUCCCUAGGCAUUGCUCGUUUGGAUUUUCAUUUGAGAGCCCUUGGAUCUAACAUCUUAAGAAUGUUUAUAUUGAUUGACAGACAGACAGAGAAAGUGUUCAUAGAUUCUCCCCCUGGUGAAUACAAAAAAGUUCCCUUUUCUUUU